AUGAAACGAGGUGGCUUUGGUCGUCCAGGAGGCCGUCCAGGAGGAGGACGUGGACGUGGUGGAUUCGGACGCGGUCCCGGACGCGGACCCGGACGUGGUCCUGGAUUCGGCCACGGUCAUGGACAUGGAUUUGGCCAUGGUCACGGGCAUGGCUUUGGACAUGGACAUGGACAUGGAUUCGGUCAUGGACAUGGUCACGGUCAUGGACGCUUUUUCGGAUAA